AUGAAACUCUCUCUGUCUCUAUUGCUCUUAGUUCCAAUAACGAACAAUGUUGUUCCAACCAAGGGCAAUGAGGUUGAAACUUUCUUCGAUGCGUCGAAUCCUGCCAUCGGCGACAUGACAAUCGAAGAGCUCCUAGAAUCUGUCUAUGAGAAAGAAGUCCAGAGAAUCUUGGCUGAGGCAGAAAAAAUGCAGGAGAAGUUGAGGGAGAAGGCAAAUGAAGCCAAGGAGAUUUUGUUAGCCAAGCCGACCAAGGAGAAUGAGGAAAAACUUGAGUCUUUGAUUUCCAUCUGUGCAUAA